AUGGAGCGCAAGAAGCCAUCGACAGUGCUGAUAUCCAUGAUGCCUAGCGUCCAAGAGACUUCAACGAUGAAGCUAGCGUUCCCGAUCGAGGACAUUCCACAAGAAUGCUUUGCAGCACUGCCCGACGCCUACACCAUGCGACCAUUGGCGUCAAGCGACUACAGCCGUGGCUUCAACGAAGUGCUAGAGUGCCUGGUAGAAACACCUGACGAAGGCGAAGCCGCAUGGAAAGGGCGAUUCGACGCCAUGGUCGCGGCCAAUGGCACAUACUAUCCGAUCGUCAUCGUUUCGAAGGAAACGGAUAGGAUCGUAGCCAUGGGAACCGUGGUCGUCGAGCUCAAGUUCUUCCGUGGGCUGACCAAGGUAGGCCACGUCGAGGACAUCGUCGUCGACACAAGGUUGCAUAGCAAAGGCUUGGGCAAGAUCGUCGUCGAAACGGUAAAGGCGAUUGGCAUCUCGAAAGGUUGUAGCGGCAUCAUCCUCAAUUGCAGCGACGAGAAGAAACCCUUUUAUGAGAAGUGCGGCUUCACGUACAGCGGCUUGCAAAUGGCCAAGAGGCUCCGCUGA